AUGUCGUUCUCCGAUUCCCGGUUCGCCUACGGGCCGUUUGCGCCACAUUGGGUACCGCGCCAGUAUAUCGAGAACUACUUCUCCAUCCAUAAAACCGACUCAUACUUGGUUCUGAAUACUACCGUAGAGAGGUUGACACGGAUUCCUCCACUGGUGAGGGAUAGUCCAGAGAGAUGGAGACUUACGCUUCGCAAAGUUGACACUCUCAGACACGCGGACGUGUGGUGGGAAGAGGAGUAUGAUGCCGUGGUGUUGGCAAAUGGGCACUAUUCGAUUCCAUACAUUCCCGACGUUGUAGGCUUGGAGGCAUACAUGAAGACGUUCCCGGGCCGUGUAGUCCACUCCAAAACGUAUCGGGAACCCCACAUCUACGCCGACAAGAGAGUACUAAUUAUCGGCAACUCCGCAUCCGGACACGAUCUUUCGACGGACUUGAUUCCGUGGAAACCGAUUGUCAAAGAAUAUUUGGCGAGCGGGCGAAUUGUUUUUGUCGAUGGCUCGUACCUUGACGAUAUCGAUACCGUCAUCUACUGUACUGGCUACAAGCCCUCCUUUCCAUUUUGGGAUACCAGGGAAAAUGGCCGUCCAAUUUAUGAUUACGGCUUAGGGAAACUUGUUGACGGGUACCUGCACACAUUUUUCCAAGAUCUACCGACUCUUGGUAUCGUUGGGUUCCCUCGAGUUUUGACCUUUCGGAGUUUCGAAUACCAAGCCAUCGCGUUAGCCAGACUAUUUGCCGGCAGGAAUGCCACACCUUUGCCGAGCGUGGACGAGCAAGCAAGGUGGGAGAAGGAGAGGCUGGCCCGCACCCGGCAAGCGAGGAGGAAAUUCCACGAUAUCAGCUGGGAAGAUGGGGAAACGUUUGAAUACCUGGGGGCGCUUUUCAAACUUGCCGGGCUGGGCACAUUGAAGGGCCAGGGAAGGAUACCGCCGGCCCUCGGGGAGGACUUGAUCUGGGCGGUGGAAAACAUUGCUAAAUACCCACUCCACGGACGGAAUGGUGAACGACGUAGCGAAGAGACACAGGCAAUGGAGUCACCUGAAACCUCACCGGGGGAUGAUUGGGUGGUUGUUGAAGGGGAGUAG